AUGUCAGCGACGCACACGGAGAGCCGCCUGCAGCCAAGUUUCUCAACCAAAUCUGGGAAGGCAUGCAAAAACACAGGUACUGCAGAGUGCCGGAACAUCAUUAUAAAAGAUGCAAGAGUGAGUGAGGGAGGGAGGAAAGGAGGGAGGUGGGGGAGAGGAAGCAGUAAAUUCAUCUUUCUGUAACAAAGAGCUUAGCAGCACCAGGAGGAGGGAGUUAAAAGGAGUGAAAGGCGCAACGGAGAGCUAAGUGCUAAAUAUGUAGAGUAAGUGCCGUUUUCAGCUGUGCUCAUACAUUAGGGGGGAAAAGUGGCUUGUUCUGGUGGAGCAGUUGUUUUUAGAGGGAAUGGGACGUCCGUAGUGAAUGUUCCUGCAAUAACAGUUAAAUAUCAGUGUUUAAGACAAAGAAAAGACAUAAAUGAAGUUAUCUUGCUAACCAAUUCUUUUUGAAAUGAAAAUGGUGGAUAGUAAAGCUGAUUCGAGCUUUAAGUUGCUGAAUGUUGACUUGAGUAUCACGUUAUUCAUGAUGCAACAGCCCUUACUUCAACUGGGAUCUGUAUGAAUCACCUCUAACAGAUCAAUUUGCAGGUACUGAUGAAAGAUGUAUUUGAAAUUAUGACGCUUUGCAAACAAGUGCUGCCUUUGAAUACCUGAGCAGGAUCUCAGGUAUAACAAAACAGCAUUUAAAUGUGAGGGCAGAGUCCAUAUUAUUAAUGGUAAGCAAUUCUAACAAGUGAAGUUGAUUUUGAUGACUUGCUGAUGUCCAGUGAUCCCUGGUUAAUUCAACAGAAAUUGCAUUUUGAUUGAAACUAUUUGAAAUUUCAUCAUUUUGCACUUUAUCACUGUUUUUAUACCCAUAUUAUUGAUGCAAAGCAAAUACUUCCAGUGAGGAUGAACUAGAUGACUUGCUGAUGUCCAGUGAUCCCUGGUUAAUGCAACAGUUAUUGCAUUUUGAUUAAAACUACAAUUUUCAAUUUUCAAAGUAUGAACAUGCCGGAAACUUCGUUGAGCCCAUUUAAAGUUCCACUUCUAUUGUACUUUUUACAAUUUAAAGUGUUCUCAGUGGUCUUUAAAAUGUGAUUAUAAAGUUUUCAGCCAAAAUCAUGUCAGCUGUGUCAUUUUCAAAAGAUUUCUUCUGCAGAGCUCCAGUAGAUUGUGAGAAAUUCACCUCUGAGUUGUAGUGGGUGAAGACAACGCUGCUCUGCACACUGCCCUUCAUGCUAGCUUGCAGCCUAAUAUUUCCAGUGUAGUAGAAGUGGCAGUUAACAAAGGGGCUAUUCAGCUCUCAGACACUGAUGUCUUUAGGGACACGGUGAAAGCUAAUAUUAUAAUAAGCUUUCUUAUGAGCAUUGCAAUCUGCUAACGCACAUGCUUGUUCCGCAAUCAUCUGCUCUACUUCUCCUAGUCUGGCCUGGGGCGGAGCUUGGAGUUGUGACAUAGAAAAUCUCACUGUGUCUCACAGAACCUGCCAUUUGGGUCCACAGUGAUUUGAAUCAGGAAAUACUCAAGAAUGCAGUUCUGCACUUUUCUCACGAUAUGUCCUGUAGCAUCAGAAAAGUGCUGUAUGAACUUGUAGACAACAAGAAAAACAUGAUUUUCAUUAGAGUGGGUCUUUAAGAGAAACCUAGGCAAAGUGGAAAAUUUUCCCUUUACUUUUUGAUGGAUCAAAAUUUGACAUUCAUUUUGGAAAUCCUGUAUACAGCAUGCUCUGCUCUAAAGAGGAGAAGUGCAACAUCCCUGAUGGUGCUGUACAAUGCAGCAAGAAGGUGCCAAGCUACAUUUUUCAGGUAUGACAACAGCAUGGCUCCAGAGUAGAAGAGUCCAGGUGCUGAACUAGCCGGCCUUCAGUGCAUCAAGUAAGCUCCUAACUGCUGAGGAGCUGAAAUCUGGUAAAAUAUCAGGCAAGAAUGGAACAACUUUCAAAUCCUCUGAAACUGGCAAACUUUGUUGAAAGAAGAGUCAAACCAAACAAUGGUAAACACGCCUCAGUCCCUACGGUUUUAAAUGUGUUGCUGGCAUCAAAUUCAAAAUAGCAUUUAUUUUUCAUAAUGCAAUAACAUUUUCCAGCGUCAAUAUUUGAUAUGUUAUCUUUUCAAAGUAAAUCCAAAAUGAUUUGAAGACCAUAAAAUUCAGUUUCAAUCGAAAUUUUUCACAGAGCCCCAACUCUGAAGGAGUUAGGGUUGCACAAUACUUAACUAUUUGAAUAUUAAAACAUGACAGAAGUUUCCAAAAACAAAAGUAUUUUAGUCAACUAUGAUACCUGCUCACACAAAAUGGUGACUUGAGUAAAGUCCCCAUAUUUCAAUCUAUAAGUGCAGCUCUGGGACAUCUUAAUAUUGGAUGUCAACAUCGAAAAAGCAGGGUCAGAGAAGAGGUUAAGAUCUCUGUGCAGUAUUUUCAGCACUUUGAAGACUCAAUGACUUGAAGAAUUUAAAGUGUUUUGGUGGUAAAAUGAUCCUAUUUGGUGCUGAUAAGGAGACCUCAAUAAAGAGGCUAUGGAGUGUAAAAUGUUUUGUGCUCUCUGCCUAAACACUGAGCUAUAUUCUAGGGAUCAGUGCUUUGUUCCAAAGAAAGGAAAUUACUCUCUCCACUCUGUUGGAUAUAUGCAAAGUCCCUGUCUCUCUUUCUCGAGCACACACCCACUGGCAGGUUAUUGAUUCCCAACCUCCCAUUGUGCUACAUAGCGAAACUGACACCUAACUCACAGCACAGAUUAUGCACAAGUCACUGCAAAUGGUGGAGGAAAGUGAGGGAUAACAGAAACAGACAACAGCAAGCUCCUCUCCCCUGUGCUGGCCCUCCCUCACAUUACCACAGCAAAUGAUUUUAAAGAUUCUUUUAUUUGGCUCGAAAAGCGCUGCAUGGACCGACAGUCGGCUGCUGUUCCACCUCUAGAAACCCCAUAUCUAUUCAGCAGGCAGAGCUCAUAAUUACCUGCAGGUAAAAUACAGGUCUGACUGAUAAUUCCUCACUGUUGAAUAGUCUAUUAAACCACCCCUAGUCUCUGUCAUAUUUAGGUUUUAUUAUAAUGGUGGCGGUGCAGAUAUCUGGGCGGAUUUCUGUCACUAAAUACAGUAUGUUAGACAAUAGCUGAGAAGAAAUGUCAGAACAAAAGUGCUAAAUGAUGGUUUGAGGUGGAGGAGGAACUGUUGCACUGUUGCAUAAUUCGAUCACCAAAGAGCAGGAAAGAGAAAGUUUAUUUUUAAAUUGCAAAAUGUCUGUCUCAGUUCACAUCUCGGUCACAAAUUGAAGAAGUCCUUGUUAGAAUUUUGUUUUACAUAAUGUGAUUACGUAAAGAUAGAUAGAUAGAUAGAAACUUUACUCAUCCUUAGGGGGGAGGGUUGCCCAUAAAAUUGAGAGAGUGAUGUCUAUCGUUUUAUUUUAUGUAUUAUUCAACUCAACCCAGGAUUUAAGAAACUGACAGAUCAAGAUUCAUGUUAUAUUUUCCAAGAGGUGUUACAGUAUGAAAAAAUCAGAGUUUCUUUUUUCAGUCAGAGUCCAUUCUCAGUGCAGGACAGGGACAAAUGUAACAUAAUGUAGAGUUGCUUUUUCUAUAUGAAAAACUUAAAGAAUCUCCAGUCCUUUCACCCUUGGUCCAGACAAACCCUAGCUUCAACAGUUCAGGCUUAUAGACCUGUUCAGAUACAUUUUAUACCGUUUUACAAAAAAAAAAAUGAAAGUAAAAUGAAAAAAAUUGAAUAUGCAGUAAAAAACUACAAAAAAGGUCUCACUUUGAGAUUAUCAUCCCUAUAAAAUAUCAUGAUACGAGAUUAUAACUAGAAAAGGGUGGAGCGACAAAAAACAUAUUCUUAAAUAUUAAACGUCCUUCAGCUUCAGUUAACACAGUUUAUUAAAGGGAUAUUCUAGUGUAAAAUUGAUCGACUCAGUGAUCGACUCGUCAGGGCUCCCCCCAACAAACACGCGUGGCUAACAGGGGUGUGAAUCACUAGUGACCCCACAAUACGAUAUAAUCACGAUACUUGGGCCACGAUACGAUAUUAUUGCGAUUUUUAACAUUUUGCAAUACAGCGAGUAUCCUGAUACAAUAUAUUGCGAUUUAUACAAUUUUUUCAAGUGUGUAGCUAAUUAAGCAUUGGUCUUUUCUUAAUGUUUGUCGUAUUUACGCUGUAUUUUAUUUUCAUGUAGCACAUCUUGCAAACCAAUAUAUAUAUCUGUUGUACUAACUUUCUCCUGCUCUAUGAUGUCACCUCUGCCAACCUCUGCAGACAACCAGUUGAAUUUAUUUUUCCAUUAUCAUAGGUUUGACUUCAUAUUAGCAAAUAAUUUGAAAAAUCGAUACUUGGUAAAUGAAAAAUUAUAUCACCAGACAAAAUAUUGCGAUACUUUGCUGUAUCGAUUUUUUCUCCCGCCCCUAAUGCUUAAUUCGUGGCAGGCUUGACUCUGCAGAAAACUUCAUCCUGGCUUCCCUGCUGGUUCACACAGGAGUUCUGCAUUAAAACUCUGGCUACUACUGUGUUAUAUCCAACAAUAAGAAAAAGACCACCUUUAAUGUUUUUGUACCAGAACAAUCCAGUGCGAAUGUGUGCAACAGCAAAAUGUAUUUAUCUCUUCAUGCUUUUUUAUUUAAUUAUCUAUUUGUUCGUAAUUAUCUUGAAUUUCCCUGACUUGUCCUCCUUUGUUCUGUAACUUCCCUGUGCAGGCACUUACACUAACAUUAGCACUAUUUAGAGAAAAACAAACAUACUGAAAACUGCCAACCUUUACUGACCGGCUUAUAAUGAGAUCUCACUGUUGGUCUAAAUGGCUUGGCAACCACAAACAGAGCUAGCAAUGACUUUAAAAUGAGAGUUAUAGGUGCUCUCUGUCUGGUCCUUGUGGGUACUCGGGCUGCUGCAUUCUCAACGAGUCGUAGGCGGCCAAAAACCUUUUUAGGUAGACCAAACAAGAGAGCACUGCAAUAGUAAAGCCUAGGGGUUAUAAAAGCGUGCAUUAGUUUUUCUGUGGCAGCCUGAGAGUGAAAUAGUCUAACCUCAGCAGUGUUUCUGUAAUGAUAAAAUGACACUGAAAUCUCUAAUGUGGGCUCAAAAACAGAGGUCCAGUCUGAAGAUUCUGACCUGGUGUUAUAAGUUUGUGACUCAAAGAGUUUCUUUCUCUGGGGUUUGGCCUGAAAAAUUCCCCCUCUCUCUUGCUGUUGUAGCAAAUUGAGCAAAAUCUAUACACUUUAGCAAAUUACCACAGCACAAACCUACCAAGCCCCAUUAAACAUUGUAAGUUGUAUUUCAAGCAAAAAGGGGAAAAGAAUAUCCUAAGAACACUUGUAUUCCUGUGCAUGGGGAAUGUCAGACACACAGUAGAAAGCCCACCACACUUUACAUUCCUUCACUCAGUUGAAUAAGCAGAGGCGCUUUAGGGUGACAGCAUGCAUAGUUAAGUUGCAGUCAAAACGACACGCUUGACAGCACGUACUGUAUUUUUGCACAGGGCAAGCACGCUCCCACACGUCUGUCUGUUUUUUUAUUAUGCAUGGAUCAGCCUGGACUAGCACAGUGAUGAGCUUUAGAGGGCACCGCAUAGUAGCUUUCACAUGUAAGCGCACCAUUGUUUGCUGGAACAGCACUCUUGCUUGAAUGCAUCUAAAUAGCAGCGCCUUUAUGUUUUUGAAAGAGACGGGAGAAGGUGGCUGAAAAAGGCGGCGCACAAGUAAUUCAGCUAUUACAUCAGACCACUUAGAAAUGCAGGGCGUUAAAAUAAGCAAACGGUUCAAGAGCAGGGCAGGCGUACAGGGAGCCUUUAAAGAGAUUUAUAUGUAAGAGAGGUUUCUGAAAAAAAGUAUACUAUAUGUUACCAAUGACGCUGAGUUGGAGCUCUUUUAGUUCAAAUGGCAGCUAAUUUUUCUGACAGUAGAAUCAUUUGGCUCCAAAUCACUGUGUAUAUAGUGAAGAUCUUGAGUUUUGAAGUAGUGAAACUGCAUUUUCUCCGUUAUUCUCUGCAGGAAUCCUGGUCCAGGCCUGAAUAAGGACAGCUAGUGCCCAAAAAAUAUCAUCUCCCUAAUUUAAUCCUACGUGUGUGGGUGGAUCUGGUGAUUCUGAGUCCAAGCGUUCAAAUUCCUUCCUGUCUGAAAUGUAGCCUGGCCUCAGGGUGUAUGCCUACGAUUCUUCAGCACACAUAGGGAGGCUCUGGGAACACUGGCGUCAGAAUGUGGUGACAGUGAAAAGGACUGGAGCCCAGCACUGCAGCCAGUGCACAAAGGCAAAGGGACUGCAGGUGAGAUAUUGCCCCCUAGUGGUGCGUUUGCCAAAGGCAGGGACUUCUAAGGGAGUUCAAGAUGAGUUACAGUGAGGCUGAGAAGCAUCGUCAUAAGACAGCUUCAGAGAAGAGAGCAUUAUACUGCUGAUCCUUUACAUAUAAACAAACCACUGUAUCAGAGCGGUUUUAUUAUCCAGAACUAAAAAACACAUCAAAUGAGAAGCCAAAUGUUUCAAUGGUCAUCUUUGUUCAGCCUUGUUUUUGUAAUUUUGUGUCAGAUUCCCAACAUGAGUGCAUAUAAGUGCAAACCCAUAAAGCUGGCUCUGGUGAUCGCGCUCAUGAAUCAUGCAGAUUCUUCCGGUGAGUAAAACCAAGCCGGUCAACAGGAGGUAAAAAAGGAGGCAACAUGAAACGAGCUUGUUCAUUCAAGACAAAAAAAAAUUAAAUAUAUAAAAGGAUAAGCUUUGAGGAGGUUGAGGAUUUACUUCUUCUGUGCCUUCGGUGCAGAAUGUGCAGCUGUUCAGGUGCUGUGCCAACAACACGGCAGGGUUGACUCACUUCCAGAAGCUGCUGUGCAGGAUCAUCCGGAGACGGGGGAGUCACCGGUGCUGGGGCUGAAUGACGCACGCCGCUGA